AGGAGGGGGGGGAUACAGCUAUGAAGUCCAAGUAGGGAUUUGAACCUGGGUUUCCCCAAAUGUAGUCUGACACUCAAACCACAACACCACAUGGCCAUGUGAUGAGACAUCUGUUUUAUUCGGGUGUUCACCCACACCAGUUAAUCCUUCUGAAAAACACCCAUUAAAGCUGAUGUGUGAGCGCUGUAAGAUAUUCCCCUUAGGGGCCGCUGCCAGUCUGUGCAGCCAGUACUGAGCUGGAUGGACCAAGGCUCUGACUCAGUAUAUGGCAGCUUCCUAUCACAGGCCAGUCUGCUGACUGUUUUGAAGGGACUGCGAGGAAGUCCGUGGUGACCCCUGUUCCCUCUAACAGGGAUUCCCAGAUGUUGUUGACUACAACUCCCAGAAUCCCCAGCCAAAGGCCACUGCAGCUGGGGAUGCUGGGCAUUGUAGUCAAAAACAUCUGUUAGAGGGAGCAGUGGUGGUGGCACUGCUAUAAGUGUUCAGUCUGGAAAGCACCUAGGGGUCUUCCCCAGCCCUGCCGGGAAUUGCUGCUAGAGAGUUAAGGUGGGACCCCUCCUUGCAUGCAAGCACGCAGAUGCUCUUCCAGUGAAUUGUGGCCCCAUAAGUGUGUACAGCAUUGCUGCCUUGAUUUAAAAGCUGUGCCUUUUUACUUUGUUGUUGUUCUGUUGCUGCUGUUAAUACAUCAAGGAAAAUGGUCAGGCAAAGAUAUCUUCCCCAAUCAUUGUUGGUAGAUCUAUCCAGAGCAAAUACAAGUCAACUGGAAAGUGCAGCUCCUAAUUUGCACAUGCAGAUUAUCUGCAAGCCCGUUUGCAUAAUAUGCAAAUUAGGUGCCCGGAUUUGGAAAGCCCGAAUAUGGCAGCCCUACUCCUGCCUCCCUGCCCCCGCCAAGGGAAGGAACCUGGACCUGGAGAAGCUGCACUGAGUAAUUUCCUGCUGUUUCGGGAGCCGGAGAAGAUGACCCCCCCCUCCCCCCGACUGCCCUGACGCCACAGAAGCCUGUGGAGGCGACUCUGCAGAAUUGGUUUGCUGACUGAAGUUGUGACUCAUGAAUGCCUGCAGCCCUCUGGACUGGGCUACUGGGCAGGACUGGGUGGUGUUGCUUUCACCCUGCUUGAGACUUCUGUGUGCUGCCCUGAGCCAGUUCCCGAGGGCGGGGGUCUCCUUCCCUCUUCCCUCCCCAUUCUCGCUCGGCUGUCCUUGUGGGCCUCUUAAGCCGGCAAUCACCACCCUCCACUCGUUCCUCCUCCUCCUCCUCCUCUCUGAGAAACACACUACGGCUUUGAAGAAACAUCUGGCAGCCGCGCAUCUGGGCAGCCUUAGCUGAGUCUGGGACCCGUGUAAAGACAAGGAGUUUGUUUUCAGAAGCCUGGAAGAGGAGGGUUCCUUCCUGCAAGGGCAGCGGCGGCGGGGAGCAGGGGCUUGCGGAGCUGCCUCCUCCGGACAGGUGUGGGGCGGGGUCUGGUGCCCUCCUGCCCCCCAAGGUCAGCCAGCCCCCCUGUGCCAGCCCCUCUAGGAAGAUUCUGGCACACAGACCGUUGCAGCAGCCUGCCUUGCAGCCUGUCCUGGAUUAUCGGUGGUGGCCACCAUCUCUCCGUACUACGCAGCCAGCUGGGAAUCCCCUGCACACACUAGGAUGCCUCAGCGAGCCUCUCCCCUUCUGCUGUUUCUCUGGGCCAAAGUGGUGUCCUCCACGUGGUAUGAAGGGUCGGGCUACGCGGCUGCAGAAGGGCAAACCAACGAAGUGCCUGUUGAGGAGACCCGCCAUGAUCCUGCCCCGGAAUAUCGAGUCCCCCAGUGGUGUUACCUCUUAAACGUGAACCACGGGGAAGCGGCCUGCUACUCCCCCCGGGGAGGCAACUACCGCAGCAGCCUGGGCACCCGCUGCGAGCUCUCCUGUGACCGUGGCUACCGCUUGAUCGGCCAGAGGUCCGUCCAGUGCUUGCUGAGUCGCCGCUGGUCUGGGACCGCCUACUGCCGACAGGUCCGGUGCCACGCACUAGCCACCGUCCAUCACGGCGCCUUCCAGUGUUCGAACGGAGUGAAGCUCGACUCCCACUGCGACUACAGCUGCCGUCCCGGCUACCACCUGGAGGGCGACCGCAGCCGCGUGUGCCUGGAAGAUGGGCACUGGAGUGGCGGCGAGCCAAUCUGUGUAGAUUUAGAGCCUCCCAAACUCCAGUGUCCUGAGUCACGAGAGCGGCUAGCAGAGCCCGGCAAGCUGACGGCCACCGUGUUCUGGGAUCCGCCGCGGGCAAAGGACUCUGCCGAUGGUGUCAUCAGACAGCCCAGAAUUAUGCUCCGGGGCCCGGAACCAGGGUCCGAGUUUGCCGAAGGAGAGCACCUCGUCCGCUACGUCGUCUACGACCAGGCGUACAACCGAGCCAGCUGCAAGUUCUUUGUUCGGGUCCAAGUGAGCCGCUGCCCCCUCCUGAAGCCCCCCGAGCACGGCUACCUCAGCUGCAGCUCGGCAGGCAACAACUACGGGGCAACCUGCGAGUACCAGUGCGACGGAGGCUACGAGCGCCAGGGGGCCCCCUUGCGGGUGUGCCAGUCCAACCGGCAGUGGUCCGGCACCCAGCCCACCUGCACACCCAUGAAGAUCAACGUGGACGUGAGCUCUGCGGCCGGCCUGCUGGACCAGUUCUACGAGAAGCGGCGGCUGCUGGUGGUCUCUGCCCCCGACCCCUCCGACCGCUACUACAAGAUGCAGAACGCCAUGCUGCAGCAAGCGACCUGCGGGCUGGACUUGCGCCACGUCUCGGUCAUCGAGCUGGUGGGGCUGCCUCCUCACGAGGUGGGCCGGAUCCGUGAACACCGGCUGUCGGACAACAUCAUCGAAGGGCUGAGGCAGUUCCUGCACGUCACUCGGUCCCGCUUCAACAUGGUGCUGGUGGACAAGGAAGGCAUGGACCGCGAGCGCUACAUCCAGCCCGUGACCCCGGAGGAGCUCUUCUCCUUCAUCGAUACCUACCUGCUCAGCGGCCAGGAGCAACUCCAGCGGGAACAGAACAGCGACACGUGCGAGUGAUCGGGGCUGCUCCCUGCAGAGGGGCAACGGGGACCCUCCGAGGGCCCAGCCUCCCCAGAGAGAGGCAGGCUUCCCCUCUCUGCAUUAUACCUUUCGUGGGCGAGAGGAGGAAAGGCUGGGUUUGAUCCUGAGGGACAGCAGCGCCUGCCUCGCCCGGCCUUGGAGGCCUCCAGAGAUGGCCGUAGCACUGAGACUAUUUCUUCUCCCCGCCCGCCCCCCCCCCAUGAACAAAAGCCAAAUGCCACCCAUUGUUCCUGCGGUGAUUGUUCAGGAAGGAGAGUGGUCCUGCUUCUGUUCUGCUCGCCCACUUCCUAUAUUCCAGGAGUACAUUCCCCGUUGAGAGGACCAUAGUCAAGAAGGGGCAGCGGAAUACCCCCGAAUCCUCCUCCUCCUCCUCCGGUGUUCUCCAGGUCGCAUGUUACCUUCAUCCAAGGCACGGAGUCUUGCUCCAGUUACGCUCCCGGUUUCUGCAGUGGAGGAGGAGGAGACCUUCUCUCUCUCUCUCUCUCUCAAGAGAAGUACCUACUUGUUCUCCCGCAAAGCUUAAUUCCUUUCAUCACCUAAAUGAACCAACCAGCCCCCCUGUGCAGCUUUGAAGCCCUCGUCGUUUGAGAGGAGAAUCACUCCGGCCAGUGAGGGGGGGAAGGCUUUUCCUACCAAUAAAAUAAGUGGAGCCGUGCUUUCCAGAAA